AGAGAGAAAGAGAGACACCAAACUGCAGAACUGGAUCAGAAAGCGAAGCCUGAAUGAGAGCGCGUUUGUGAAAAGAGGCGCCGGUGACACGCUGGGGAAAUGCUGCAGUUUGGCUAGCAGGGGCGAGCGGAGCGGACAGUGACACCAGGAGAGACUCGGGAGGUUAGGUACCAGUAAGGAGCCCCUCAUUAGUUCCCAGCCAGUUCCCAGUGGGCCCUGGAUACAAAUGUUAUUUAGUCGUCUUCACUCGCUCUGAAUCGUGUUGUCAGCUGUCGUUCGGAUUACAAGGAAGGCAUGACUGCGGGCAUGAACAAGCGCUACAGCAUCGUGUCUUCAGAGGAGGAAGGACUGCGGCUCACGACCAUGCCGGGAGUGAAUGGCUUUGGCAACGGCAAGAUCCACACCCGCCGGAGGUUCCGCAACCGCUUCGUCAAGAAGAAUGGCCAGUGCAACGUCCAGUUCGCCAACAUGGACGAGAAGUCCCAGCGCUACAUAGCCGACAUAUUUACCACCUGCGUUGACAUCCGCUGGAGGUAUAUGCUUCUGGUUUUCAGCCUGGUGUUUGUGCUGUCCUGGCUAGCAUUCGGGUUAGCCUUCUGGGUGAUCGCGCUAUUGCACGGGGACCUGGACAAUCCUGCAGGGGAUGAAAACUUCACCCCAUGUGUGCUCCAGGUGAACGGCUUCGUUGCGGCAUUCUUGUUCUCCAUCGAGACUCAGACCACUAUUGGCUACGGCUUUCGCUGCGUGACAGAGGAGUGUCCCAUGGCCGUCUUCAUGGUGGUGUUCCAGUCCAUUGUGGGCUGCAUAAUCGACUCUUUCAUGAUUGGGGCAAUCAUGGCAAAAAUGGCCCGGCCUAAGAAGAGAGCCCAGACGCUACUUUUUAGCCACAAUGCUGUAAUCGCACUGAGAGAUGGCAAACUCUGCCUCAUGUGGCGAGUUGGGAAUCUAAGGAAGAGUCAUAUUGUGGAAGCCCACGUCAGAGCGCAACUGAUAAAGCCUCGGGUCACAGAGGAGGGCGAAUACAUACCUUUAGACCAAAUAGACAUUAAUGUUGGGUUUGAUAAAGGUCUAGAUCGUAUCUUUCUGGUCUCCCCCAUAACAAUCCUCCAUGAGAUUGACGAAGAAAGCCCUCUCUUUGGCAUCAGCAAACAGGACUUGGAAACGGCCGAUUUUGAGAUAGUGGUCAUACUUGAAGGGAUGGUCGAGGCCACGGCAAUGACCACGCAGGCACGCAGCUCGUACCUGGCCACAGAGAUCUUGUGGGGUCAUAGGUUCGAACCUGUCCUCUUUGAGGAGAAAAAUCAGUACAAAGUGGACUAUUCCCACUUCCACAAUACCUACGAGGUACCGUCGACCCCUCGCUGCAGUGCCAAGGACAUGGUCGAAAACAAGUUCCUGGUCCCUACCACAAAUUCUUUCUGUUAUGAGAAUGAGCUUGCUUUCAUGAGUAGAGAUGAGGAGGAUGAGGAAGACACUGACAGGGCACUGGAUGACUUGAGUCCUGAUGUCAACAGCCGGCAGGAGUUUGAAAGGCUACAGGCCACCUUAGGAAUGGAACAUAUGCCAUUCCGGAGAGAAUCUGAAAUUUGACCUCGGCCUUUGACCCGGCAUCAACUUUUAAUUGCAUUUCCUCAAAUGCUUUAUUUCACUGAAUAAAUGCAGAACAAUGCAAGUGCCAUAGGAAAACAUAACUACUGUAAUAACACUAUAAAGUUGAGGGACAAUAGCUCUUACUUUCAAUCUCAAAGCAAAAGGAAAAAGGAAUGAGACAAACGAGAGUGAAAACAGAAUGCAUCCUAGUCAAAGAGUGAUCAGAGAGGAAUUCUUAUAAAAACUUGAAUUUUUUCAUAUGGUAGAGCAAGCUGAAAGCUUUACACGACAAAAUAUUUUAAAAUCCCAUCUUGAGAUGGGUUAAUCACAGACUUAGGGUGUAAAUAGACUGCUUAGAUAAGUAAUAUUUUGUGUGAAGCAUUAUUAUGAACAAAUCUAUUUAAAAACAUAAGUCUUUUGGUAUGUUAACUUGCUAUUUGGUACAAAACGACCGUAGUACUGCCAGUGGAAGAGGUGCAAUCCCACACCUGCCAUAUAGAAAAUCUGGAUUUUCACAUACAAAUCCUUAGGUCUACUGACAAAAUUCCUUGGAAGUGCAUUGCUGCAUCUGAAAGUAACUGAGCCACAUAACGCAAGUGUGGGGUAGCACAGUAUCGUCGUUACUGAGGUGAAACACCAAGCUGCUACGUGGCGAAUACGACCGCAAAGUAAAAAGACUGUCUGGCAACUUAUCAAAGACUCAGCACUAAUUUGCACUAUUAUUUCAGGAUCAUCAAAUUAUGUAUGUUGCACAUUCACAUCAGUCACUCGGUGACUGUGUUCCGUUUUCCGAGACUGAUCGGUUCCUUGAUUUUAGGUUACUAGCAGAAACCACCCUACGUCUUUAAAACGGUCAUCAAACAGUCACACACAAGGCACACAAAUACUGAACUUAAAACAGCAUUUUUAAGAUAACUAUUAAAUCACGUAUCUGAAAACGACAGCUUUUUUAGUAAAUGCAUGGCAGUGAUAUUCAUAUGUAUGUAUUAAAUAUUAUAUACAUCCUCUCCACUUGAAGCAAAUUGAAAGGACUGAGAUUAUCAAAUUGAGAGUUUACAGCUUAUUAAACUGUUCUGACGUCCCUCACUUUGUUACCUGUGUCUAUGCACAUGAGAAAUUUUAUUAGAAGGUAGGAGUUCUUGAAGAAGAGUCGACCUAACAUAUUAUCUAACACAGAUUCCUCUGCAAGAAACCAAACAGAAAUAUUCAGAAGUUAAACACAUUUUGUAGCAUAUUCCUGGGGCAAAAUUGCCCUAGCAACGAGUAAUUACCAAUAGUUUAGAUGGUAUAAUGAAUGCAUUACAAUAAUUACUACAGCACUAACUUACUAAAUUAUCAAAAAACCAUGGACAUUUCCAAUAAGAAAACAUGAGGUGAGGAUGAAGAGUACUGAUGUGGAGAGUAAGUGUCUUGUGUUCAUUCUUGAGGAUUAUGGUCAAAUAAUUUUCCAGAUAUGAACAUAAGCGGGGUUAGGACAUAAGGGCACCUCUGUGGACAAAGCUUCUACAUGGAUCAUAUUGAUCUAACUCAUCGGGGGUGCCUGUCUUACAGCACAUGGACAUGGCCGAACACAUAAUGUCCAGGGAAGCAUGACUGUCAGCCAGCGUUGUGGAGAAGAUAGCUGAGUCUCAGCAGAAUGGUGCAAAACCCAUCCUGAAGGCUAGCGGGAGAAAGCAGAUGAGAGGAAGUGCACUUGGCACGGUGGUAUAUCCGGCAGUAUCAAGCUUCUUUUGUUUUAGAGGUUUCAUUUCUGUUCUGACUCCUUCGUGACUUUAUAACCUAGUAGAGAAUUCUUUAUUCUUAAGAUGCAGAAAGUGAGACUUAGACUGCAUGGCUUAGAUUUUCAAUAGCGUGGUAUCAUCAUUUAGUGACUAAUGUAACUCAUAGUUAAGGUGAACCGAGGACCGACCCCCCCAAAUCACCUUAUCCUUGCUAACAGGGUUGCUAAGCAGAUUAGGUUAGUGAGUAACUGCUGAUUAUGUAGAGUUCAUCCGUGAAUCUUAAGGUAUCCUUUUAAGUCCUACAACAAAAAUGAAACAUAAGACCACUCCGCCAUAUACUUUAGAAUGGUGUACUAUUCAGACUAGAAUAGACUAGACACAACUAGAGAAAAACACCUUAUUCGAGACAGGAAAUAAAAGAGAAAUUUAUGACAAUAAGACAAGACUAAUUACUUCACCAUAAAUCAAAUUUCUGUAAACACAUUAUGGGCCACAAUUUCAUUACAAGUUGGAUCAUUUCAUCACCAACAACACCCAGAACUGCAUUUCUGCUAUUCCCACAAGAAAUGCAUGAUGCUACUACAGUCAUAGUGUUAUAAAUAUUGGACAGACAGGGAGAUUGCUGUUUACUUUUUUAAAGAAUACAUUUUCCUUCAUUGUUUCUGUGCAGUCUAAAUGAUAGGCCUCAAGGCUUCACCUUUUCCCCACUCACUUUCAGCAAGUCAUUCGGCAGAAUAAUUCCCCAACUAAGAGUGCUUCCUAUACACAAAACCUAACAAAGAUAAAAGAAAGUCGCUUCAAACAAGUGGAUUCAUUUUUGGCCCAAAUGCACUUCAUCACCUGCAAAGUAGCUUGCUAUAUUUUCUGUUGAUAUAAUUCACAAGAAGACGUGUUGAAGACAAAGUGGAAGUAUGGUGUGUAGGAAGACCACCCAGUCUACAUUGUAGUGCCUAGGAAAAGCAAUAAACAAAGCGAAAGUGGACAGACUCAGCAAUAACUACUGGAACGCACCUUUGUUCACUAACCAUUUGGUUUUGUUCGACUGGAGACUGGAACGGUUUCGUUACUGACGUUCACAACAUGUUUGUCCACAACAAUCAACCACUCUGCAGUGGUUGUUUCCUCAAGGAUAUGAACUGCUGAACAGGCAUUUAAGAAAACAAAAGAAAAUCUGAGGAUGCCAUCAUCCCGGAGGGGGGAGCAGAACGUCGAGACUCAUCUGGACUAAAUUAGAAGUCUUAGGGUGGGGGGGUUGAUCGUCCACGUCGGAAAAAGCAGCAAGGUAGUGAUGCACCCCGUGCUUUGACUGAACUCUCUGCAUUCUGUACUUUAGGCCGAGACAAAUGCAUCUCACCUUGACGAUUUUCAACCGUUACUGUAAAAUGCCUGCUGUUCCUCAUAUACUGAAAUGGGUUUAAACUUCUCAAAACUUUUGUUUUUCUAUAAUGGCACAGGCUACCUUUUUGAGGCCUGCCUUACACUUUGUACAGCAAGGGCAUAGAUUUGGGUGUGGAGGGUACUGAACUGUCCCUGUUAAUAUUGUGCGAGUGCCCUGUGUGUAGGGGGGUCCCGAUCAAUGCUGAAACCAAAGCUACGCCCUUGUUGUGCAUGUUAUCUUCUGUGAAGCAUCAGGUGAUCUACAUUUCACACAGUACUUCUCACACCUGUCACAUACUUCACUUUGUUCAUCUCAGAUAUACAAUUUUUACCAAUGACAGAUUCUUCAUUUCAUAGACCCCUGGUCGUAGGUGAACUGUUAGAUCACAUUAAGUGUGUCCUAGUUUGACAUCCAUAGUUUGUCUCCUAGGUAAUUCUUUUGCGGUUUCUUUGCCACCUGUCAGAAUAAUUUCUAGCCAUUAAAUGAGUAGGCAUGCAGUUUAAAACUAGACAUCUAAACUGAGUUGCUUUUUUUCAUCUUUGCCCUCAAAUCAGCACCACAGAUAAAUAUCUGUGAAUAAAGAAUACAAAAUGUGCAUCAUACAUGUUUGAAGGCUAGAAAAACGACCAUUUGAAAUGGAUUCCAUUUCCAUUGGCCAAAAGGUUCGUACAUUAUCAUUAUCAUUCAUUUACUCACUGAUGUGGGGGGGAAACAGUAACUUUCCAAAUCACAAAAACACACGUAGGUAAUAUUCUCAAGGUGAAGUUUUUGCCCCCGCCCUAAUCUGUAUGCUUCGUACUGCCUUCUGGGAAGGCUCUUGUAACCUGUUGUGUGAAACCGUUGUUCCUACUAUAGGAUGUGAGACCUCUCUAGGAUGUUCGUGGUUCUCACUAUAUGUAACCAUGGUAAUAAUGUAUCAUUAGCUUCUAUGCUGCAUCAUGGGAAUGUAUGAAUCAUUAUGCUUUUGACUUGUAAAUUAUUAGUUUUAUUUGUUAUAAAAAUCUGACCCAGCUCUUUAAAAGCAAAUGUACUGGGUACACAAAGUAAGUGAAAAAUGUGGAUACCUGCUCAAUAUUCACACAAAUCAACCUAUUUAUUUUUAUACCUUAUAGAUUAUUUUCCUGAUAUCAGAUAGGAAAAUCAUCUUGUAAAGAUGGGUUUUACAGAUUUUUCUUGGCAACUGUAAUGACAUAAAAGUACACAUCUAAGAUAAAGAUGUUUUUGUUGUCUUGUUAAUAAUUUCACUUUCAGCACAGAAGCUUGUGAUACAAACCAGUAUUUCUCUUAAAGGGAUGAUUGGAUGACCUUUGACCUCUGUAGAAGUCUUCCUCUAUGCCCAGAUUAUAAACAGAAAAAAAUUACACUGGGU